AUGAUUCAAGUUCUUUUUAAUAAGCAGUUUGAGAAAAUCCAUGCCUGCUUUGUUGAUGUAUCCUUGCAUUCUACUCCUGGUCAAAGUGACACUGGGUUGCUUCAGGUUCUUUUGGAUACUAUUGGAGAUAUACAAAAGUUGUUGCAUCUACUACUGGAUGACAAAUUUUCUACAACAGGUAGAGACAAUGAACUUAGUGUAGAUGAUGACAAUGUCACUGUUAUAGCCACCAACAAAGUGACACAUGAUAUCCCCAGAGCAAUAGAAUUUGAAUACAAAUAUGUCAUAUCUGUGUUAAGUAAUAAAUAUGAUCUCCUCAGGAAAAUUGAUUUGCCUCCAGCCAGGCCCCAGAUCAGACAAUGCCGCUCACCCAAUCAGGAAACCUUUACCUGUUGGUGGGCUCCAGGGAAUGAUGAGGAAACUGGGCAUACUAACUACACCCUGAUGUACACUGUAGGGCAAGGUCCACCACAGGAAUGCCCAGAUUACAUGACUGGGGGUGAUUACAGUUGUUUCUUCGACAGCCAACAUACUUCUGUUUGGGAGCUGUAUUGCAUGAAUAUCACUGCUGAGAAUGAAUUUGGGUUCAGGAACUCAGAUGAGUUCUGCCUGGAUGUUAUUGAAAUAGUGGAGCCAGAUCCUCCCAUUAAACUGAACUGGAGUUUAUCUGCAGAACAGCAGUCUGUACUGGUCACAUGGCUGCCACCUGCAUCUGUGGAUAUGGACUUAGGCUGGAUUACAUUGGUGUAUGAGCUGCAUUAUAAACAGCUGGUAGAGCCAGAGACAUGGAAGGUUAAAGGGAUGUUAUCAGAACCUCAUCUUGAAAUAUUUGACCUGGCACCGAGUGAGACAUAUGUUGUUCGGGUGCGCUGCAAACCAAACAAAUCUGGUCAGUGGAGUAAGUGGAGUGAGAAUGUGACCAUCCCAACAGUUCCAGUAAAAGUAUCAGACAGCGCAUUCUUGGUAGGCCUAGUUGCCUUUGUAGGUAUAGCUGUAGCUUGUCUUUUCAUUGGAUUCGGUACUGUAAGAAUGGGACAAAGGAUUAAAGCUUGGUUGUUCCCACCAAUUCCCAUACCAAGGAUCAAAGGAAUAGACCCAAAACUUUUAAAGAAAGGUAAAAUGGAUGAAAUUGACAACAUACUGACUUCCUUCUCUAGCUAUGCUCCAACUCUAAAUAUUGAAGAAAUCUGGGACGAAGUCAUUGAAACUGGUAUGGAAGCAAGCUAUACAUUUUCUCAGAAAAGUAAUCUCAUAGGCUCUGAAGAUACAGAAAUCGUAUUAAGCAAGCCACCCAUGCCAUCAGCAGAAGAAAAUUCCGUACCUCUUCAAGACAGCCUUUGUUCAGAAAACAGCGACAACAGCGAUCAAAUAGCCGGAGGGCAUGAUGGCAUGGAGUCUUUGUUGGCUGUGGAAAAGGCUAACAUUUUGCUGGAUGGAAAAACAGCUAAAAAUAUAUAUAAAGCAUAUCAAACAAAUGGAGAAGAAUUGCAUAUUAUGUUCAGUAACCUGGAGUUUUAUACACGUGUGACCGGAGUUAGCAGUGAUGGGACAAUGCAGCUCUAUCCCUGUACACAGGUCCAGGGCCAUCCACUGAGCUUCCCUAAUAAAUCAGCAAGUGGACAGGUUAAUAAUAUGUCGAAAUUACAGUUGCUUUCCUCUGCACAGACUACACUUAACAUGUAUAAUAAUGAUUGUUAUCACACAACUGGACCAAAAGGCUCUCCUCGAUGCUCCUGUCUGUUUGCUUUAAAUAAUGACAUUAUGCCAGGUGAUUCAAAAACGGAUGCAUGUUCAAAAUCUAAAGUACAGAAACUUUGUUUUCAGGAAAACUUUGCCCCAGAGGAGAACCCUACAGGAACAAGCCUAUCCAAUGACUAUGUAAUGUCAGAGCAUAUCCAACUUAUGACUGCUUUCAUAUCUCACACAAAUAGUCAUCAUAGAACCAUUUCAGACUCAGAAAGUUAAGUGCAGAGAAAAGUUAUAUGUGAAGAAGUCAUCUGCUGAGUUAUUUCACUCAUAUAAAAGAACUUAAUUGUUGAAUAUCCUGAUGUUUUCCAACUCAACAUCUCCCUGGGUAUAAUAAUAAUAAAAAACAAGAAGGUAAAAAUGUCUCAAAACAGAUAAACUGAAUGAAUUCAUGAUGGCAACAAUGAACUGUGAAAGCAUCAUAUAUUUAGGUGUAGCUGCUGAUAUCUUCAGUUACUAAAAAAAAGCUUAAAUAGCACAACACAGCUGGGUUUGGACAUUAAGAUAUAUAUACAUUGUAGUACUGAUGUGUGAACAUUUAUGUAGCCUGAGUUUUAGGGAACAUUUUUACACUGGUUGUGUGUUAUCAGACAGCACCUUUGCAAAGUGUCAUGAAAGUCAGAAAUGUUAAAACAUUUUAAAAUGCAUGAAAAUGCUUUAGACAGAAGUUUCAAAAGAAUGCAUAUUUUUUGUAGACACCGUUACUGUUUGUUUAUUUUUCUCUAGCAUGUUUUCUCACUAAGGCUAGAUAUCUACAUUUUAUUAAUCAAGACAUACUAUUUUCAG